UCCCGGCCUACCGCCGUCCCGUCCUCCCGCCCGGCUCUGGGGGUGCCGCUGCCACGCCGGGCCUGGCAGCCAUGACGACGGAGGAGGAGAUCGUGCGGAUCGCCAAGCGGCUGGACAAGAUGGUGGCGAAAAAGAACGCGGCUGGAGCUCUUGAUUUAUUAAAGGAGCUUAAGAAUAUCCCUAUGACCCUUGAGUUAUUACAGACUACCAGAAUUGGAAUGUCAGUGAACGCAAUUCGCAAGCAAAGCACAGAUGAAGAAGUUACAUCUUUAGCAAAAUCUUUGAUCAAAUCUUGGAAGAAACUGUUAGAUGGACCUUCAACUGAUAAAGAUUCUGAAGAAAAGAAAAAGGAGCCUGCAUCUUCCUCACAAAACAGCCCUGAAGCAAGAGAGGAAAGCAGUUCAAGUAGCAAUUCCAGCAGCAGGAAGGAGGAGGGUAGUGCUCCCUCAAAUUCUUUCAUCCCUUCCUUUCCUCGGGCUCCAAGCACUUCGGAUUCUGUACGAGUGAAAUGUAGAGAAAUGCUCUCUGCAGCUCUCAGAACAGGAGAUGAUUACAUUGCUAUUGGUGCUGAUGAGGAAGAGUUGGGUUCUCAGAUUGAAGAAGCUAUUUUUCAAGAAUUAAAAAACACUGAUAUGAAAUACAAAAAUAGGGUACGGAGUAGGAUAGCGAAUCUCAAGGAUGCAAAGAAUCCAAACCUAAGGAAAAACGUGUUAUGUGGGAACAUACCUCCUGACAAAUUUGCCAAAAUGACAGCGGAGGAAAUGGCAAGUGAUGAGUUGAAAGAAAUGCGCAAAAAUCUGACCAAAGAGGCUAUCAGAGAGCACCAGAUGGCCAAAACAGGAGGUACCCAAACUGAUCUGUUUACAUGUGGCAAGUGCAAAAAGAAGAACUGUACAUAUACCCAGGUUCAAACCCGCAGUGCUGAUGAACCUAUGACAACAUUUGUUGUUUGUAAUGAAUGUGGAAACAGAUGGAAGUUCUGUUAGAAGAAGAAAUUGUCAAGACAUCUGGACCAGUAUGAAAGAGGAUUUAGUAAUUAGCUUUAAAAACUAGGCUAAGCAGUGCUAGCUUCCUGCAAACAAGAGGUUAUUUUGUUUUCUUUUUUCCUUUUCUUCCUUUUCUUUUUUUAAAGCAGCAUACAUGCCUGAAGUUAGCCUUCAUUUUGACACAGCCGUCAUUUCCUUAAAUGCCUUCCUAUAGCUGAUAGUCGGUAGGGCCAGGUUGCUCAAUUGUAUGGUGAAUGUUAAAGUAUUUUUUCAUUUUUGUAAGUAAGUUGAAAUUAAACUUUUACCAAUGAAAUAUUUUGAUAAUUUGCUUUGUUUGUUUUUUUUUGUUUUUGUUUUUUUUUCCUAACUAUGUGGAUUGUCUACUGUUAUUUUUUUAAAGUCUGAAAUAUGCAUUCCCAUAACGUAUUUUAUUAUUAUCUUAUUAUCAUACAUAGGAAAAAAAAAGAAAGUGGCUUAUAUGGUGGAAGGAAAAAUGCUUAGAACAAAGAAGCUGAGUUACGUAUCUAAACACAUUUUAGGCACAAAAUACCUCAGCAUUUCAAGGUUUCCUGCAUAACUUUGCAUAAAAACCAUUUUAAAUUCAACUUACUUGAUAGUAUGACUGUAAUUCAGAAAGUAUCCCUUUUUCUAUCAGAACAAUAGAUGUAUUUGAUACAUUUUUUUGCCUAUGUGUGAGUUCUUUGGCAGAAUUGCUUCUUAGAAAUUAUUUACAGGUUCAUAAUUGAUUUUUCAUUUAAUUUGCUUUAGACAGCAGCAAACUAAUAACAGAUGUUUGCUGUCGAGGAGAAUGCUGUGUUUGAGUACAUUUCAAGAGGAAUGAGGCAAAAAAAAUAUGUUAAAAAUAAUUGCAAAUUGGGUGACAAGUAGACCUAAAUUUGCACUGCUGUUCAAAACACAUACAGAACAGUCAGUGUUGGCUUAUGCAACCUCCUUAACACUAUUUGUUCUUUAAUCUUUCUGCCUGUCACAUGUAAGAAAGCCAUUAAAAAAGCUAGAACUGUG